UUGAUAAGAAUCAUAAGAUUAAGAUACUUGUCUAGUUCGCUUCCUCUCUAAAGCCCUGAGAAAACAGAGCAGCAGCAGAAAUGGCGUAUAAUCUCUGCGCUUCGGCUUCUUCUCUCUAUCAACCGCUCUGGAACUCGCUCUCUUCUCCGUCCCGAGACCCAAAACCAAAGCCCUCAACCUAUUAUUUCAUAAAGCUCCCAACUUUCCCACCUCAAUCGAAGCCUUCGUCGCUCCUGCAGCUCACCACCACCCAUGUCUCUCUGCACGACACUGUCCCGCAGCAAUCCGCAAAGGAGGAGGAAGAUGUCAGGGACCCAAAUGGAAAAAGCAGCUGGGACUGGGACUUCGUCAAAAUCCUACGUCUGGGUGAAUCCCAGAAGCGCCAAAGCUUCCGAGCUCCGCAGAAAGUCAUACGAUGCUAG